AUGGCUACAGACUCUCUUCUAGUUCCACAGUGCAAGACUGUGACAAAAACCGUAGAUCCUGCCUCAUUCACCAACAACAGCAACAUAUACUCGCAACUACCAGAUCAUACCAAUGACUCGACUGCACCCACCUCUACCCCAUCUACCAAAGCAGCCGACAUACAGGUCAUAAACGAGGCAUCAACACUCCUAAAACAAGGACAUUUGGUCGCAUUCCCAACAGAAACCGUCUAUGGACUAGGAGCAAACGCACUAGACCCAUCCGCCGUAUCCAAAAUAUACGCAGCAAAAGGACGUCCUUCCGAUAACCCACUGAUUGUACACAUAUCAUCACUCAAAAUGCUGUCCCAGAUAAUGCCAGAGAACACGGAACUACCGAACGUAUAUAAAGCUGCUAUUGCCAAAUACUGGCCUGGGCCUUUAACCAUAUUGCUGCCACGAGGUCCCAACAUACCUGACUCUGUGGUCGCUGGACAGCCGAGUGUUGGUGUUAGGUUUCCAUCUCAUCCGGUAGCUAGAGCUUUAAUUGACGCUUGUGGAUUCCCGAUUGCUGCUCCGUCUGCAAACACGUCUGGGAGGCCGUCGCCGACACUUGCGGAACAUGUAGCGAGUGAUUUGGAUGGGAGGAUACAGCUUGUUGUGGAUGGUGGUGCGUGUACCUCUGGAGUCGAGUCUACCGUAUUGGAUGGCUUGUCGUCGCCACCUGCGAUACUACGGCCUGGUGGUGCUACGUAUGAAGGACUAUGUAAUUUGCCUGGAUUAGAAGGGCUACGAGUGCAUGGUAGAGAUUUUAGAGAUGUGAAAUUAGAGGCUACGCCGACUACUCCGGGAAUGAAGUAUCGACAUUAUACUCCUGAAUGCCAGGUUGUACUCUUUGAGUCUAGUAGUGGCUCGAGUAGUAAAGUCGAAGCACUCAUACAGCACGAAAUCACCGAAUUCGUUGAGUCUGGACAAUCACGGAUUGGUAUAUUACGAACUAGAGACACGCCAAUAGUAGUAUCAGACUCGGUAUCCGGGCUAGCUACUAUAGAAGAUUAUUAUCUAGGUAGUAGUCCUGAACAGGUUGCUCACGAACUGUUUAGAGGGUUGCGUGAACUUGAGGCACGCAAAGUACAGGUAAUACUAGUUGAGGGCAUAUCGGACGCUGAUGAGGGGCUCGCAGUGAUGAAUCGUGUAAGGAAGGCUGCUUCUCGAGUCAUAACGUGUUAA